AUGAUUCUCAGACCGCAGCAAUUGCGCCCGAUCUCGUCGUCCCUCCUCUCGUUCGCUCAAUCAUCCUCGCAAGCACGAUGUCUUCACACAACCGUUCAGCCUGGUCCAAUACCACCGCCAAUACCUUUUGUACCAGAUACGAAAACCUUCCUUAAACUCAUCGGACGCGAUUUGAGCCAAUAUGCCUCGAAAAUACGUUCGUGGAACUAUCUAUUCACUAUUACCUCGGACGAACUCAAGGAGCUGGGUAUGGAGCCCCGAUCGCGACGAUACCUCUUGGACUGGCGGCAGAAAUUUAGGGAAGGACGAUAUGGACCUGGGGGAGACCUUAAAUACGUUGAAAAUGGGGUGGCAAAGCUACGCGUGGUGAAGCUGUCUGAACCGACCGGACAAGAACAUGAUGGCAGGGUUUCAGUAAAGAUGAAUAGAAUGGUCGUCAAUGUGCCUGCAUCAUUCGGUGGUCCCGGGUCGGUAUUGCCAGAGGAGCUCGUCCGGCCGAAGGGCUUCCGAGUUAAGGGUGCACACGAAAUGAAGGGACCUAGCGCGCGGCCAGCGAAGGGGAGGUUGAAUUACACGGUCGAGGCGACGGAGGGUAUGUGGGAAGACAAAAGAGGGCGUAAGAUUGAUGGUGGAGAGCGCCGACAGGCUGAGCGUUCCGAGAAAUUGCAUUCCGUGGGGAUUCCAGAAGCCUUCGGUCGUAAGGCUGCAGAUGCAUAUUGA